UCAAAAGGCUUUUCUGUUGGUGCUCUGCCUAGUUAAUCAUCUCUCUCUUCCAGCUCUGCUGCCCCUUCCAUCCUUGUGGAAAGAGAACAAACCUACAAUUCAUUUCUUCAUCCGCCCCAAGAAGUUUGGGUUUAAUUUAUCUGAGUUUGCUCCUUCUGUUGUAAAAAGAGACCUUGAGAAGGAGGGAGAGGUGAGAAGAACCCAUCAAAGAGAUGAAAACACCAGGCCUGUAGAAGGGAAGGGAAGAAAAUGAGGAUUCAAUCUGAAGUGUGGUGCUCUCAACUUACUGUACCUUAUUUCAAUGACCUCAAUUAAAGAAGAAAAUGCCUGGAUGCAGCAAGUAUUGGAUAUACUGUACUACCAAGACCAUUAAGAGGCUUUGUUCAGAGGGAGCUCACCUUUGCCUUCCUCAGAGGCUGAGAGAGUGUGACUUACCAGUGAGCAAGGAUUUGAGCUGAUCUCCAUAGUCACAGCCCAACACUUGAAUAUCUUGUUGAAAACAGAAACCCUGUUCUGGAGAGCUAUCACUUUUAGCAGUACACAUUUCAAGAGGCAGCAGGAAGGGAAAACACGCUUGAGAUGUUUGCCUUCAGUAGCAAAUGUUUGUCAUUAUGAGCAAUUAUUUCUGGAGUUCAUUCAUUAAUGUUUCCCUCUUCAUUCUUUGCUCAUGUUUCCAAGAAGUACAGACCAGACGAUUUGUUUCUUGGGAACCAGUGUUAAAGGAUUUAGAACAGAUCAUUAAAAUUCCUACAAAGGUUGAUGCUUCUUUAUACACUGCAACCUAUUCUAAUCAUUGCAAAAUAUCCGUGGUGAGAUGUUUUCAUCUUGAGAUGAAGGUGCUUUUGUACGAAGCUAACAUUGGAGGAGACAGCGAUAUUUACAACAGUACGCGGCGGGUUUUGAGAUCUGUUGGAAGAUUUUUGGACGAUGAACAGGACAAAGAAACAUCCCAGUGCCAAGAAUGUGAAACGUUUGAAGAAAAACAAUACACAGAAUUUAUAGAAAAUUUUCAGGAUAUUGCAAGGCGAUUACACAGAGAAGAGAAAUGGGAAAAGUAAUUCCCCUACGUAACAAGAAGGAAAUAAUUCCUAGUCUCCUAGAAGCAUAUAAUGCGAUCAAAAUGGAACAAGGGGUGCAAAGGUCUUGCUUUCCUGACAAUAAUCUUCCAGUUUCUUGGACUUUAGGAUGCAUUACAGAGAUUGCCCAUUUAUAUAAUACAACUGAUACUAGCACAGUAUAAAAUAAUUGUACAGAUACGAGUUUUUCUUGGACAGAAGUCAACCCAAGUAACCUAAAUAUCAAAUGUCAGGACCAGAAGGCCAAUAAUACAAUCAUGGAGUUCUAAGGGGCUGUAUGGACUAUCCAAUCCAACCAGCAACCAAACAGGAACACUCAAUCAAAGCACUUCCAACAGAUGGGCAUUCAGCUGCUGCUUAAAAAUCUCCAGAGAAGGAAACUCCACCACAUGCUGAGGCAGCAUAUUCCAUAUUUACAUGGACUCACCCUGAGUUGAUACCCAUGACUAACAUUGAAGAUUGCAUUGCAUCUCUUUGAAUUUGGUUUAAUCUGGGUUUCUGAGUCUUUAACAAGUUAUAAUAAUGGAAAACUUCUCAGAAGCCUGAUGAAGCUACAUGGUGUGAAUCCAACAUAAGGGGUGAAAGAAUGUGAAGGAUAAAGAAUAGCAUGUCACAUAAAAAGAAUACAGUAGAGUCUCACUUAUCCAACAUAAACGGGCCGGCAGAAUGUUGGAUAAGCGAAUAUGUUGGAUAAUAAGGAGGCAUUAAGGAAAAGCCUAUUAAACAUCAAAUUAGGUUAUUAUUUUACAAAUUAAGCACUAAAACAUCAUGUUAUACAACAAAUUUGACAGAAAAAGUAGUUCAAUAUGCAGUAAUGCUAUGUAGUAAUUACUGUAUUUACGAAUUUAACACCAAAAUAUCAUGAUGUAUUGAAAACAUUGACUAUAAAAAUGCGUUGGAUAAUCCAGAAUGUUGGAUAAGCGAGUUUUGGAUAAGUGAGACUCUACUGUAUGUUGAAUUUUAAAGUCGUAUUCUGAUUCAGUAUGUUCCUAAUGAUUCCAGAUGAUUAAAAGGAUAAUAAGGCGAUACUCAAACUCUCAGUAUAAUGAAAUGCAAGUAUAGGACAUAACUGGGGAAAUCAGUCAAGCAGUAUGACAAGAAAACAUCUACGGACACAAGAAAAAAAAAGUUUGUAUUUGGUAUUCUAUCAAAAACCUAAAUAGUUGCAUUUUAUUUGAAACAGGGCUCAAUAAGAAAGUAAUUUGAACUAUGGAAUAAAUCCCAUGGGGAUACACUUGCAUUAGAUUGUGCUGUUUAUUUUUUAAUGGUACAGUAUAUAUAAGAGUAGAAAUAAACAUUGGAAGCAAAUAUUGCUGUGCUUCUUUCUAAUCACUUGCUAUUUUCUCUAACUGUAAAGUUCAGUAUGGAGCUUGUGUAUGUGUAAGUGUACGAGAAAUUGAUUUGAGCAGAUUUGCAAUAUCCAUAUUCAACAGGAGGCUGCAAUAAUAUUACUGCAUAGAAGAGUAAGUGAAGUGAUGACUGUAUAUCAGGCACUCUCUGCGGAAAUUGUGAUGCUAGUUGGGAAGUACCAAUAUAUAUGGGUAAAGCCCUAGAUAUUGGGACACUCUUCUGGUGCUCUGAUAGACACAUUUGUAAUUCAGUACUUAGUCUUGUACCACCUCUGCUACCGUGUUUCCCCGAAAAUAAGACAGUGUCUUAUAUUAAUUUUUGCUCCCAAAGAUGUGCUAGGUCUUAUUUUCAGGGGAUGUCUUAUUUUUCCAUGAAGAAGAAUUCACAUUUAUUAUUGAACAAAAAAAUGAACAUUUAUUAUAUACUGUACAGUAGUUGUCAUCACAAACCAGCAUAACCAGACAAACUGUGAAUCCUAUCAAGAAUUUCUUGUUACUACCAUUAUUUCCAUGUACAACUGGAAUGUACAUUUACCAAUCCUGCAUGCUCUGGUGUUCUGUUUGGCAGGCGCUGGGCAAACUUCCAAACAAAAACUUUGCUAGGUCUUACUUUCGGGGGAGGCCUUAUAUUUAGCAAUUCAGCAAAACGUCUACUAGGUCUUAUUUUUCGGGGAUGUCUUAUUUUUGGGAAAACAGGGUACGUGACUAAGUAUGUAUAAAGUUAUGCAAGGAAGACCACACCAUAGAAUAGUGGUAACUAAUUACUAUUAUUUUCCCUUCUCAUAAGUGUACAAUCACACAAGAAUAACUUAUGGUUGUUGUUAAUGAUGACACCCAUUCCAGCAAUCUUUUCUUUUUAAUUUUUUAAAUGCCUCGGCACAUCCUUUGAAAAUAAUGCAAGAUGCUGGUAUUGAUAAGAAUUGGAAAUUUUUGCUAUUCCACCCAAACCAUCAUAUCUUUUAAGGUGAACCUCAUCUUCCACAUAUUCUGCAACAUCUUUACAAAAUAUUGCAUCUUUAUUUUGAUACUGCAGUUGUAUGACUGCUAACUAACUUGAUUGAAAUAAUAAUGAUGGCCCACGAUAUCCAUGUAUUCUACACCCACAUUUUCAACUAUCCAUGAUUUGAUAUUAUACUGUAUAUACUGUAUAUAGAACCCAAACCAUAAUUUUGCAGUUUUAUAUAAAGGAUGCCAUUUUACCUACACCAUUAUUUAUAAUGGACUUGAGCAUCUUUUGAUAUUGGUAUCUAUCUACAGAUAUUCCUGGAAUCAAACCGCAGCAGAUACAAAAGACCCAUUGUUCUGAAGCCUGAGUAAAGUAGUGUGGGACUAGUUUUUAUGCCUCAAAUCCACUUGGCCUCUUUCAUAUAUGCAAGCUUCCCUAUAAAGGUGUUUGUAUAUAGUUGCUCAGUGUCUGCAUUUAGAGCUUUAUCACAUGAAAAAUGCUAUAAAAAUGCUACACAAUCACGAUUGCUGUCUCUCCUUGGCCACCAUUGAAAAUUUCAGCAUUUGUUAGUGCCAAAGCCUUAAUGGAUGCAGUCUGCCUUCCAACUAGGUUCUAACAUUAUUUCCAUCCCUGAAGUUCCAGUAAUGGAGAGACGGGACACAAGCGAAUCACCUCCUGCCUGAGUCCAGUGCCUAUUAAAAGCUAGUUGAGAUCAUCCUUGGAGGACUCUCCCUCAUCUCCUCUCAUUCCUCCCCACAUUUUGCAGUCAUCGCUUUGUGAAAGGAAGCUCAAGCAUUAUCAGUACAUGGAAGAGGUCAAGGAGAAAUUCAAAGCCAAAUGUUGUCUUCUCUCUUGUGUUUCCUUUCCACCCCCAAUCCUAUGCACUCCAAUCCUAAAGCAGCACUGGUGUGCAUGUGUGCAUAUGUGUGUGAGAGGGAAAAUGGGUCAUUACCACACCAUGCCAAGUUUUUUUUAAUUAAAAAAAUCUUUAUGUUUGCAAAUCCAUUACAACUUGUACCCUCAGUUCGCUUCUGACACGAGAAAUAAAUAAAAUACCACACCAUGGCAUUGUACUGUUCUGGCAACAGAGACUCCAGAAGGUGGCAGGAAAUCCUACCCAAAUCACACUCCCAUUGACCACCCAAAAUCAGCAUAGAAGCACAAUUGAACUUUCAGAGAGAAAGUAAUACAGUGUGGCAGAAGCAGAAAAGGAGUUCAAUAACAGAUUUCUUUUGUUAGUAAAAAGAAUAACAAAUGCAUGUUAAAAAAUCUCUCAAGCUGCAAUUAAUGACAAAGACUCGCAAUGUAAAAAAGCCAUAUGUAUACAUGUGAGCUUGUGUGUACGUAAGAGGACUCUGCAUAUUUAGAGAACUUUUUGAAUAAUAAGUAUUUGAGGCAUGAAGUGUUCCUUUUUCUGGUCUACAUUAACAUCCUAUACCAUGACCUGCUUCCCUAGCAGAAUGUACAGUGGCAUUGCAGCCAUAUAUGUUGAGGUAGGAGUAUUAAAAUGAGAAUUUCGCUCAAUACUUUUUACCAAAUAUGUCUAAAGUGUGAAAUACUAUUGAGCAGAGGAAGAAAGGAGCAUUGGCUAUUGUAUUUUGUACAUCAGUUUAGUCAAAAGCAAAAUGUAGUAUUCAAUUUGUUUAGCCUAGAUUUAUUGUGCUUUCACAAUAAAGAAAAUACUAUGUUUUGGUGUUUUUUAAAAAAUAAUUGUGCUACUAAUAGAUUAAAAAUUCUAAGCUAUAUAUUCAAACACUGAGCAUUUAUUACAUAUUUCUUAAUUUUUCAUAAUAAAAUGUAAACCUAUGUACUCAGAACUAUGUGUUGAACACUGGAAAAAAUCUAUAUUUCAGAGGGGGUUUUCUGAAAAAAAUUACUGUAAAUAUAUUAAAGAAUGUAUUGAAUACCUAUUGUAUGUGUUUUUUAAGAAAAUAAAACUACCUGCAUUUCCA